AUGGAGCCGCAAAGCGAAGAACUGCCGCCAGAGCUGCAGGCGCCUGACUUCACACUACUGUUCCGACUCAGCUUCUUAAUUCCUUUUGCCGCGUAUUUGGCCUUUUUCCGAUACUCCAGCCAGUUCGUCUCCACUCACAUGUGGAAGUCUUUCACAGGCUUCAAGUGAGUCAGAAAACAAAGAAUAAAUGAAGUUCCACGCCUUUGAUUGGAUCCCAAACUCUAACCUCAUCAUCUUCUAAGAAAGUCCGAAGAGUCUUUCACUGACUGAACCUUUUUCAGACGCUACCGACUGAACAACCUAUCGAUUUGCUUCUUCCACGCCCUUAUAGUAGGCACAUUGACCCUAGUUGUACUGUUUACUCAUAAAAAGGAAGCAUUCAACGAUAUUACCCACUACUGGAGUCCAUGGGUAGCGCAGGUGCCCAUAAUGUCGAUCGGUUAGUUGUCGUGGUUUAUGAUUUCGAACUAAGUCUUCAGCAUACUUUGUGCAAGACGCCCUCGACAUGGCCAAACACGAAUGGUCUCGAUGGAUGGUCGAGCUUCUGAUCCACCACUCCAUCACUUGCGUGGCACUCGUCUCGCCGUUGGUCGCGCACAGGUUCCUUCUGGCGGACUCUUGGGCGCUGCUCAUGGAGUUCAACAGGUUCAUUCCAACUUCCUGCCCGCCAAACAGAUCUAGUUCAGUAUAUUCCUGCAUGCUCGGACGAUAAUGCAGUUGACUGGUCACUCCACGUCACAUCCCAAAACAUUCCGUGUGAUUGUCUACUUGAACCUCGCUUCGUGAGUUGAUAAAAAGAGAUCUGAAGAGUUGUGAAUUACGGAAUUUUCAAAUAGUAGAAACUGACAGCAGAAUUUUAGGCUGAUUCUGAAUCUGAGUUCAAGCAACAUUGUAUGAACCUAAUUGAAGCAUAACGAACUUCCAUGAAAGCUCAAACUUGCAUUGUUUGUCAGAAAUAAGCUUAACAGGAAUCAUUAUCAAAUCUCGAGCGGCUCUUUUCCCACCACAAGAUAGAUUCAGAGUCAGAAACAGUCCUCCUCUCAUUGAGAAAGCUCCAAGUACCGACGACUUUUAUUUUGAGAGAAACCAUUGCAGAUUCAUGUUGUUUCGGAUAGUCUGUCAGCUGAUUUGGGUCUUCUUGGCAUUUUCAAUCAAAAGCCAAAUGCACAACUUCUACAUCAUGAUAGCUCUUUGCGGACCUAUCAUCUUCGCCUUCAUCAACGGAAUGUUGUUCCUGCGUCUCCUCGUCUCUGACGGUUUCUUGCCCGCAAAAUAUCAGAAAUUCUUUUCUGUUAACAGGUUGGCUCUUGCUAUUUCGAAAUUUUAAAAGUUGAAGAAGAUACUAUGCUAUCGGUUUUCUAAUGAGUUUCAAUGUUUUAGUCAAGUUCUUAUCAUCAUUUUCAUGCAAUUGUUUUUAUAAUCUUAGUCACACCGCUAGAGGAUCGACUAGUUCACUGAUAUUUGCCAUACAAAUGAAUUGAUGUACUUUCUUUCAGAGACGCCGAGAGCGACAGGGAAAAGGGGAAACCGACGAUCGUUUCGAAUGCCCAAGUAAUCAACGGAAUCGCCAGAACAGUCAGCAACAACAACGACGGCGAGAAGGCGAAAACCCAAUGA